AUGGAACCUGGAAACCAGACGCAUGUUUCAGAUUUCCUUCUCAUGGAAGUGACAGACGACCCAGAACUGAAACCCCUUCUUUUCAGCCUGUUUCUGUCCAUGUACAUGGUCACCAUCCUGGGGAACCUGCUCAUCAUCCUGGCUGUCAGCUCUGACCCCCACCUCCACACCCCCAUGUACUUCUUCCUCUGCAACCUGUCCCUGGCUGACAUCUGUUUAAGCACAACCACAGUUCCAAAGAUGCUGGUGAACAUCCAAGCACAGAAUCAGCACAUCAGUUACACAGGCUGCAUCGCCCAGGUCUGCUUUGUCCUAGUUUUUAUUGGUUUUGAAAGCUGUCUCCUUGCAGUAAUGGCCUAUGACCGCUAUGUGGCCAUCUGCCAUCCCCUGCGGUACACAGUCAUCAUGACCCCCUGGCUCUGUGUUCUGCUAAUCUUGGUCCUUCUGCUCCUUAGCACUGGGGAUGCCCUGCUCCACGGUCUGGUGUUGUCGCAGUUGUCUUUCUGCAGGGACCGGGAAAUCCCCCACUUCUUCUGUGAACUUGAUCAGGUCAUCAAGCUGGCCUGUUCUGAUACCUUCAUCUAUACCAUCCUGAUAUUUUUUGUGGUUGGUCUAUAUGGGGUUGUUCCUCUUUGUGGGGUGAUUUUUUCUUAUACUCAAAUUGUCUCCUCUGUUUUGAGAAUACCAACAGUGGGGGGAAGGUAUAAAGCCUUUUCCACCUGUGGGUCUCACCUCUCAGUUGUUUCCUUGUUCUAUGGGACAGGUUUCGGGGUGUACAUUAGUUCUGCAGUUACUGACUCUUCCAGGAAGACUGCUGUGGCUUCAAUGAUGUACAUUGUGGUUCCUCAAAUGAUGAACCCCUUCAUCUACAGCCUGAGGAACAGGGACAUGAAGGGGGCCUUUAGGAAACUCAUCAGUAGGAUAACCUCACUUUAG